GCAUUGCUAAACAUCGCGGCAACUAGGCAUAUCCUACGCGAGUGCUACCGUCCACCAAUCCAUCAAUGUGGGGCCUUGACACCGCCGUCUCUAAUCAGAGGAGCAAGAAUUGCGCUUAUGCGGGGAGGGGGAUGUUUAGUGAACGACUCGUCUCCCUCCCCAGCGUCAUACCCGCGCUGGAUCCCCAAGCCAGGGGCUAGCUAGCGAUGGAGGAGCAGCAACAUGGUAUACAACCGGUCUCUAGGCGAACCCAUCCGCACCGUUGCACUGUAGUGUGCGGAGGUGCGUGGGUAUGGUCGACGAUGAGACGACUACAUAAAAGACUGGACACCCUUCAGGACCCCUUCAAUGAGUUCGAAGUUCGUCCGUACUCAGCCCCUCACAUCCGGUCCUCCUCCCACCAUCUCACCGCUGUGAAAGACCACUCGCCACAAUAUGGCAAACGCAACCGACCCCGUCGCCGCCGCCGGCACACUCGACCCUCAUCUAUCGCAGCACUGGCCAGCAGCGACAGCCGGCCUCGUCUUCAUCGUCUUCACCCUCCUCGCACAGAGCUUUUUCAAGGUCGACCCCGUAGCCCACGUGCCCGUCGUAGGAAAGGGCGGGAAAUGGACGCGCAGAAAAGCGUAUCUUGCAGGCAAGGGGCCGCAGCUGUACGCCGAUGGGUAUAAGCAGUUCAAGGACAGCAUCUUCCGCAUCACGACGUCCAAGAAGGAGGAUACCAUUUGCGUGCCUCCCAAGUACCUCCCCGAGUUGAAGAAGGUCCCCGACGAUGUCAUCAGCUUCACGAGGGCCAUUGACGAGUCCAUGCAAGUCAAAUACACCCAAAUCUCAAACGACAUGCCCAUCAUUAUCCACGCCGUGAGAGCGUCCUUGACCCCAGCUCUACCCCGCCUCAACGAAGGCAUCUCAGACGAAGUAAUCGACUCCAUGCGCCUCGAACUCCCCCAAUCCCCCUCCUGGACCGAAAUCAACAUCAACGCCAAACUCCUCCGCAUCAUCGCAAUGGUCUCGGGCCGCGUCUUCAUCGGCUCCGAGCUCUGCCGCGACGAACGCUACCUCGACGCCUCAAUCUCCUACACCGUAGACCUCAUGACCGCAGUCCACGUCAUCGCCCUCGUCCCCUCCUUCCUCCGCCCCCUGGUAGCCUCCUGGCUGCCCACCACAAAGAAGCUCUACAAGCGCCUCGCCGACGCCGAAGCCGUCUUCCGCCCCAUCGUCACAGCCCGCAAGGAGGCCGCCACGAGGGACGAUUACCGCGAGCCCGAUGAUAUGCUCCAGUGGAUCCUCAACGCGCAGUCGAAAUUCGGGGAGCUGAGUGAUCGCGAGCUUGCGUUGGCGCAGCUGGGGAUUAGCUUUGCUGCGAUUCAUACCACGUCCAUGACGACGCUGAAUGCGGUGUACUGGCUUGCGGCGAAGCCUGAGAUUGCCCCCUUACUCCGGGACGAUAUUCAGAAGGCUCUCGUCGAGUCUGGUGGGAAGUUUACGAGCAGCGCGCUGCAGAAUAUGAAGAAGCUGGAUAGCUUUCUCAAGGAGGUGAUGCGCGUGAACCCGAUUUCAGCAGCCUCCUUCACCCGCAAAGUCCUUAAAAACGUAACCCUCCCCAACGGCCAAACCAUCCCCGAAGGAAUGUUCAUCGAGGUCCCCGCCGGCGGCAUGAACAACGACCCCGAAAUCUUCCCCGACCCAGAAACCUUCGACCCCUUGCGCUUCUACAAGCUCCGCGAGGCAAAAGAGCUCGCCACCUCGGGCACCAAGGCGGCAGAGGUCGUCAUGCAGGCCCAGUUCGUCAGCGUCGGCACCACGCACUUGACGUUCGGGUACGGCAAACACGCCUGCCCGGGGAGGUUUUUCGCGGUGAAUGAGAUUAAGAUGAUUAUGGCGAGUAUUAUCUGCAAUUACGAGGUGAAGCUGCCGGAGGGCGUGACGGAGAGAUAUGAGAAUUUGGCUUUUGGCGCUGCUACUGUUCCGGAUCCCAAGAAGACAAUCAUGAUCAGGAAGCUGUAAGUGGGCAUUAGUGAAGAUUGUGAUACGGAUACGGAUACGAAUUCGGAGAGGGAUGAUGAACUUUGCAGCAAUGCGUUACUGUCACUCGAGAAGAGUGCGGAGUAACGAGCGAUUUACUUUUUGAGUCAUGGCCAGACCCUGCCAGCCUUCCUUAUCAACCAAGUCCAUCAUCUGAAAAUUUGGCAACAUCCAAUGUACAUAUAGCGCUUGAAAUUUCCGUGAUGCUUCUGGACUUGUAUCCUUUUUUUUUUUUUUUUUUUUGAGAUUUACGUUCAAG